CAAAAUUGUGGCGCACUAACCUAUCAACGACUUCUUCCACUCGUUGUUCUUGUCAAGAAGGCAUUCGUCCAUCGCCUCCCAAGCCAAUCGGGUCAGGUGGGGUGGUUCAAUCCGGUUCAGUGGACUCCUUCCUAACCCUUUCAGGUGGGAGAUUCCUUUUUGAGGUAGCAUCAUGUUGCUAAGUCAGGCAGCCCGUGGAGUUUGGGCCUCCCCUGUGGGGCGGGUGAGUUGGAAAAUGGGUGGGCGACGCGCUCGAAGCUCAGCUCCGCCCGCUUCAUCCGCCCCGGGUAAGGAGGACAAGAUUCUGGGUACGCCCUACACCUCGCUCACCAUUGGUGUGCCUAAGGAGACUUGGGCCAACGAAUUGCGGGUGGCUUGCACCCCGGCGGCCGCCCUCAAUCUCACCAAGAAAGGCUUCACUGUGCAAGUCGAAUCCGGUGCCGGGAUUCAGGCCCGAUUUCGCGACAAAGAUUACGAGAGCGUGGGCGCCAAAAUCAUUCCUAAGGAGCAAGCUUUUCAAUCAGAUAUCGUGCUGAAGUUGCGACAACCGUCGCUUCCGGAGGCUAAAUUGUUCCGCGAGGACGGUACCUUGUACUCGUUCUUGUAUCCCAGUCAGAAUCAGGAUAUUAUCGACGCCUUGGCCCAACGCAAGAUGACCGCAUUUGGCAUGGAUUGCGUGCCGAGGAUUAGCCGUGCUCAAGGGUUUGAUGCUCUUUCCUCUAUGAGCAAUAUCUCCGGCUAUCGGGCUGUAGUGGAGGCUUCCAACCAUUUUGGCCGAUUUUUCACGGGUCAAAUUACUGCUGCGGGUAAAGUGCCUCCAGCCAAGGUCUUAGUCAUUGGUGGUGGUGUGGCUGGUUUAGCGGCCAUUGGCCAGGCCAAGAGCAUGGGUGCCGUGGUUCGGGCGUUUGAUGUACGGCCUGCAGUCAAAGAACAAGUCGAGUCCAUGGGUGCAGAGUUUUUGACGGUUGAGAUCGCCGAGGACGGUUCAUCGGAUGGUGGAUAUGCCAAAGAGAUGUCAAAAGCUUUCCUGGAGGCAGAAAUGAAGCUCUUUCACGAGCAAUGCAAGGACGUUGAUAUCGUCAUCACGACUGCCCUUAUUCCGGGAAAGCAAGCCCCCACUCUGAUCAAGAAGUACAUGAUUGACGACAUGAAACCCGGAUCCGUCGUGGUUGAUUUGGCGGCUGAAGCUGGCGGCAACAUCGAGACCAUCAAGCCCGGCGAGAUUUAUACCUAUAAUGACGUGGUUCAUAUUGGUCUGACAGAUUUACCGUCUCGUCUCCCAACGCAAGCUUCCACUUUGUAUGCCAAUAAUAUUUCCAAGCUUAUGUUGUCCAUGACUGGCACCAAGGACCACUUUUACUUGAAUCUUGAAGACGAUGUGGUCAGGGGCUCCAUCGUUCUUAACAAGGGCGUGUUGAGUUGGCCUCCAAAUCCGCCUAUCGCUAUCGCUGCUCCUGCAGCUCCCAAAUCCCAAGAUAGCGCCAUCAAGAAAGAAGUUUUGCCGCCUAAUAAUUUCAAUAUUCAAUUGAAAGAUGCUUUGAUGUACACGGGUGGAUUUGGCACACUUACUGCUUUGGGCGUGGGUUCACCUAAUCCGGCUUUCACUGCUAUGACCACCACUUUCGGUUUAAGCUGCAUAGUUGGUUAUCAUACGGUCUGGAAUGUGGUUCCGGCCUUACACUCGCCUUUAAUGUCAGUGACCAAUGCCAUUUCUGGAAUCACGGCUGUUGGUGGAAUGCUCUUGAUGGACGGCGGCUACUACCCCACGAAUACCGUGGAGGGCCUCGCAGCCUCUGCGGCGUUUAUUUCGUUCAUCAACGUCUUUGGAGGCUUCAUCGUGACGGCUCGAAUGUUGGACAUGUUCAGGCGAUCCACCGACCCUCCAGAGUACAAUUACUUGUACGCUUUACCCGCCUCUGCAUUUCUGGGUUCGUACGCUUGGGCCGUGUCUCAAGGUUACCACGAGGUCCAUCAAAUGGCGUAUCUGGCUUCAUCCUUGUGUUGUGUGGGAGCCUUGGCUGGGCUCUCUACGCAGCCGACGGCUCGCUUGGGCAAUGCUUUAGGCAUGAUCGGAGUGACUGGGGGUGUGGCUGCUACUCUCGGUUCAAUUCUACCGUCUCAUCCCGUUUUGGCACAAAUGGGUGGAGUGGCCUUGGGUGGCGCUGUAAUUGGCUCCACCAUUGCUAAGAAGAUUGAAAUCACCGAUUUGCCGCAACUUGUGGCCGCAUUUCAUUCCUUAGUGGGCAUGGCUGCCGUGCUCACCUGCGUUGCAACCUAUAUUGAUCAUUUUCCGUCUUUCGCUACGGACCCUGCUGCCACCAUGAUCAAGACCUCGCUUUUCCUCGGUACUUACAUCGGAGGCGUGACCUUCAGUGGAUCUUUAGUGGCCUACGGAAAGCUCCAAGGUAUCAUGAGUUCCGCCCCUUUGAUGUUGCCCGGUCGUCAUGCCAUCAAUGGUGGUCUUUUGGCUGCCAAUAUCGCCGCAAUGGGAUGCUUCUUGAACGAUCCCAGCUUUGACAUGGGUUUGAGUGUGCUCGGUGCCACCACUGCCAUGAGUGCCACUAUGGGCGUGACCUUGACUAUGGCCAUUGGUGGAGCUGACAUGCCCGUUGUUAUCACUGUAUUGAAUAGCUACUCUGGAUGGGCACUUUGCGCUGAGGGUUUCAUGUUGAACAACAACCUGAUGACCAUCGUUGGAGCACUGAUUGGUUCUUCAGGAGCCAUUCUGUCCUACAUCAUGUGCGUGGCCAUGAACCGAAGCCUUCCCAAUGUCAUUUUGGGCGGUUUUGGCACGAGUUCUACGGCCGGUGGAAAACCCAUGACCAUUACUGGCACUCACACAGAGUGGAAAGUCGACGAGACCGUGGAAGCUAUGACCAAUGCCAAGAAUAUUAUCAUUGUGCCUGGUUAUGGCUUAGCCGUAGCCAAGGGACAAUACCCCGUGGCCGAAAUGGUGUCUAUCUUGAAGAAAAAGGGCAAGAACGUUCGCUUCGGAAUUCAUCCCGUGGCUGGUCGGAUGCCCGGUCAGCUGAAUGUUCUCUUGGCUGAGGCCGGUGUUCCUUAUGAUGUGGUUCUGGAGAUGGACGAAAUUAACGACGACUUCGGAGAGACUGAUCUGGUCAUGGUCAUUGGGGCCAACGAUACGGUGAACUCUGCGGCUGAAGACGAUCCCAACUCGAUCAUUGCUGGCAUGCCCGUUCUCAAAGUCUGGAAAGCAGGACAGGUUGUCGUGAUGAAGCGAUCCUUGGGCGUGGGUUAUGCUGCGGUGGACAACCCAAUUUUCUUCAACGAAAACACGGCCAUGCUUUUGGGUGACGCCAAGAAAUCGUGCGAUGGUCUGCUCACCAAGCUCAAAGAGCAUUACGGAUUAUGAAAUGGCUAACACGUCCGUUUGACGCCGAUUUUCGUGUCAUAUACAUACUGCGAUUGAAACAAUGCAAAUAUAACUUUAAUUUGAGA